UAGUGUACAUUCAGGCGGUGCAUCAAAUCAAAUCACAACCACAAACAUGGCAUUUCAAAAAAGUGAUAUGUUUUCUCCAGCACCUUUUUGGCAUAAUGGACCAGCUCCAGGAGCAAUUUACAAUUUUCCUGGUAGAUUAAUUAAUGCCGAAUUCGGUGGCAUUCAAAGAUCACAAUCUCCAGUGACAACUGGAACUUCAGUUGUCGGUGUACAAUUCAAAGAUGGUGUAAUGAUUGCUGCUGAUAUUCUAGCAUCUUACGGAUCUCUAGCAAGAUACAGAAACGUUAAAAGAGUUAUGAAAGUAAAUGACAACAUUGUAUUGGGUGCUGGUGGUGAUUAUGCUGAUUUUCAGUACCUUGAGAAUAUAAUCAAACAAAAAAUUCUUGAAGAACAAUGUCUAGAUGAUGGAUUCACACUUAAACCAAAAUCUCUUCACUGCUGGUUAACUCGUGUGCUGUAUAAUCAGAGAUCUAAAUUUGAUCCGCUAUGGAAUAAUUUUAUUAUCGCUGGAAUUGAAGAUGGAAAACCAUUCAUGGGAACAGUAGACAAACUUGGUACAGCUUACGUUGAUCCAGUUAUUGCAACUGGUUACGGUGCUUACAUGGCUACACCUUUACUCCGUAAUGCCUGGGAAGCCAAUAAAGAAAUGAGUGAAGAAGAAGCUGCUGCAUUACUUCAUAAGUGUAUGGAAGUUCUUUAUAUGAGAGAUGCUCGAUCAUUUCCAAAAUAUGAACUUGGUAUCAUCACAAAAGAAAAAGGUGUAGAAGUACGGGGACCAAUUAACAAUAAAGGAUUUUGGGAAGUUGCUACCAUGGAUAAGCCAAUAGAAUAUGAAUCUUAAAGUAAUUUUUCUUUUUUUCUACAAUAUAUUGUCAAUUUUUAUGUUUAAAAUCAAUUCAAUUUCAAUAUCAAGUAAAUAAAAAAUUGCUCUAACAA